AUCAAGAUGGAAAAAGACUGGUCGUCUAUUGUUGAUAUACAGCUUCCAGAGGCUGAUGUACUGCUCAAGGCUGGAAAACUCUCGGACGCUAUUGAGCAACUGAUGGUUUUGGAAAAACAAACUCGUACGUCUGCAGAUCUGUCGUCCAACUCGCGUGUUUUGCUUCAUAUUAUUGGUAUGGCUUAUGCUGCAAAGGACUGGAAGCAUUUGAAUGAAAACAUUAUUGUUCUUUCCAAAAAACGUGCUCUUCUCAAACAGGCAAUUACCAACAUGGUACAGCAGGCCAUGAAGUACGUUGAUGAGAUUUCUGACAUGAAAGUCAAACUAGAGCUUAUUGAUACGCUUCGGGCUGUUACUGACGGAAAAAUUUUUGUGGAGGUGGAGCGUGCUCGACUCACCCGUAAGCUUGCAAAAAUAAAAGAGACGGAGAAUAAAAUAGCAGAAGCUGCCGAGUUGAUGCAGGAGUUACAGGUUGAAACCUAUGGUUCUAUGGACAAGAGAGAAAAGACUGAUUUUAUUCUUGAGCAAAUGCGUCUUUGCAUCGCAAAGAAGGACUAUACUCGCGCUCACGUCAUGAGUCGUAAAAUUAGCCCCAAGUUUUUUGAUGAUGAAGCCAACCACGAUCUUAAAAUUCGGUUUUACGAAUUGAUGGUUCAACAUGCAGUGCAUGCUGAGAAGCAUUUGCAUACCUGCAAACACUAUCGCUCAUUGUAUGAUACACCAUCUAUUCUUGCCAAUGACGCUAAAUGGCAAGAGAUGCUCAAGCAUGUCGUGCUUUACAUUGCACUGUCUCCAUAUGACAAUGAACAAUCUGAUCUUAUACAUCGUAUCAAUGAGGACCAUAAUCUUGGAAAGCUUUCCUUUUUCAAGGAUUUCCUCAAGUGUUUUAUUACUAGCGAAUUGAUACGCUGGCCAAAGAUUGAAGAGAUUUAUGGUGCAGCGCUCAAAGCCAUUAGUGUUUUUGACCCUGCAACAGAAGAUGGUCAGAAGCGUUACAAGACUCUUCACAAGCGUGUUAUUGAACAUAAUAUUCGGGUUGUUGCAAAGUACUAUGAUCGUGUUACACUCAAGCGUCUGACCCAGCUUCUUGAUCUUUCGAUUGCAGAAACUGAAGAGUUUUUAUCCAACCUGGUUGUUGACAAGACCAUUUAUGCCAAGAUUGAUCGCCCAGCAGGGAUUGUAUCGUUUGUAACACGCAAAGAUCCCAAUACGAUUCUCAAUGAGUGGUCUCAAGACAUCAAUUCGCUGCUUGAACUUGUUGUCAAGACAGGACAUUUGAUUACCAAAGAAGAGAUGGUGCAUUCAAUUACCAAGACGAUUUAAGACAGCAAGAAUGCAAGCUCACAAAAUAAAUAGUAUUUUUGUGAA